AUGUCUUCCUCAACCCACUUCUCAGACCCCCCGAGCUUCCAGCAACAGUCCAAUGAGUUUAUCUCUUGGCUUGAAUCUAACCCGGGUGUGAAGGCCAACCCAAAGAUCCUUCUGGCAGACUUGAGAUCUACAGGAGCAGGAAGAGGAGUCGUCGCUCGAGCCAGCAUCUCCGAAGGUGAAGAACUAUUUUCCAUUCCGCGGUCCCUCAUCCUCGCUGUCCAAAACUCAGACCUGAAGAGUCUGCUACCACAAGAUGUUGAGGCGCUCGGCCCAUGGUUGUCUUUAAUGCUAGUCAUGCUUUAUGAGUAUCUUCGCGGAGGACAGUCGAAAUGGGCUCCUUACUUCCGGGUCUUGCCCAAUCGUUUCGAUACACUGAUGUUCUGGUCGGAGGCUGAGCUGCGGGAGCUGCAAGGUAGCGCCAUUGUGGACAAGAUCGGCAAACAGAGUGCAGACGAGUCUAUCCUCCAAUCAAUUGCGCCUAUUGUUCGGUCUAACCCGGCUCUGUUCCCGCCAGUUAAUGGUCUUGCAUCUUAUGAGGGUGAUGCUGGCACUGCCGCUUUGCUGGAGCUGGCUCAUAUCAUGGGAUCCUUGAUUAUGGCUUAUGCGUUUGACAUCGAAAACGGUGAAGAUGAUGACGAUGAGGAAGAAGGUGAUGGUGGUGAUGAGAGCUUCAUGAGUGAUGACGAAGAUGAACAAUAUCCCAAGGGUAUGGUUCCGCUCGCUGAUCUUCUCAAUGCUGAUGCGGAUCGGAAUAAUGCACGUCUCUAUCAAGAAGAGGAAGCAUUUGUUAUGAAAGCUAUCAAGCCGAUUCAAGAAGGCGAAGAAAUCUUCAAUGACUAUGGCGAAAUUCCCCGCGCAGAUCUGCUCCGCCGCUAUGGCUAUGUCACCGACAAUUACUCCGUGUACGAUGUUGUCGAGUUAACUCUAGGCGACGUCUGUCAAUCAGCCGGACUUCCAAAUAGCGACGUGGAAUCCCAGCCUAGACUCCAACUUCUCGAUGAACAUGAUCUUAUUGAGGAUGGUUAUGUGAUCCCCAGGCCAGCUCCCAAUGCCAAACUUGAGGACAUCCUUCCUGCUGAGCUGGUCGUCUUGCUCACCACACUCACUCAGUCACCAGAAGAGUUUGAGCAGCGUCGGUCAAAGAACAAGCCGCCCAAGCCGUCUAUGGAUGUUAGCCAAGCCGGUCUUCUUUACAAGGUUUUGCAAUCCAAGCAGGCGCGGUAUGCCACUUCCCUCGAACAGGAUCUCGACUCCCUAUCCGGAUUUCUGCCACCCAAUGCGCCUCCAGCUCUGGAGGGUCCUGCUCGGCGACACAAGAUGGCUCUGCAGGUCCGCAUCGGCGAGAAGGAGGUCUUGCGUUCUGUGAUGACAAUGCUCGAGUCUCUCGCCCCAGGCGCGUCCCAGAAACGGUCUGCCAACGGCGAUGGCCGUCAUUCCCGAAACACCAAGCAGCGUGUGUGA